UGAUCACGUGAUUGCGACCUCUGGCGGGGAGGAACAGAAGCCCCAUGUAAAAUACAGGCAGGGAGAGUUUACCAACUGGAUAGUAAGAGUUUUAUCAUUUCUAAAGGAUUUUCACACAUUUUGUAACUAGAAAAAAUGACGGAUCAGGAAUAUGAUGGCUAUAUGGAGGAGGAAGAGGAGUGGGAUCGAGAGGGCUUGCUGGAUCCAGCAUGGGAAAAACAGCAAAAGAAGACAUUCACAGCAUGGUGCAACUCCCAUUUAAGAAAAGCUGGUACUCAAAUAGAAAACAUCGAGGAAGAUUUUCGAAAUGGUUUAAAAUUGAUGUUAUUAUUGGAAGUGAUCUCUGGGGAACAGCUCCCCAAGCCAGACAAAGGCAAAAUGAGGUUCCACAAAAUUGCAAAUGUCAACAAAGCUUUGGACUUCAUUGCAUCAAAAGGUGUCAGACUGGUUUCCAUUGGUGCUGAAGAAAUUGUGGAUGGAAAUCCUAAGAUGACCCUGGGUAUGAUCUGGACCAUUAUCCUCCGUUUUGCCAUUCAAGAUAUUACAGUGGAGGAACUGACUGCUAAAGAAGGUCUCCUUCUGUGGUGUCAAAGAAAGACAGCUCCAUACAAGAAUGUCAAUGUACAGAACUUCCAUCUGAGUUGGAAGGAUGGUCUGGCUUUCUGUGCUUUGAUUCAUCGGCAUCGCCCAGAACUAAUAGACUAUUACAAGUUAUCCAGGGAAAACCCUCUAGAAAAUUUAAACACUGCAUUUGAUGUCGCAGAAAAACACCUUGAUAUUCCACGCAUGUUAGAUCCAGAAGAUAUGGUGAACUCAGUAAAACCAGAUGAACGUUCUGUGAUGGCUUAUGUGUCUUCAUAUUAUCAUGCAUUCUCUGGGGCUCAGCAGGCUGAGACAGCAGCAAACAGAAUUUGCAAAGUGUUGAAGGUCAACCAAGAAAACGAACGCCUUAUGGAAGAAUAUGAAAGACUAGCUAGUGAUCUUUUGGAAUGGAUUAGGAAAACAACACCUUGGUUAGAAAACAGGACAACUGACAACACUUUACCUGGUACCCAAAGAAAACUUGAGGAAUUCCGGGACUACAGACGUAAACACAAACCUCCUAAGCUGGAAGAUAAAGCAAGACUUGAGAACAGCUUUAACACCCUGCAGACAAGGCUUCGACUCAGUAACAGACCAGCAUACCUUCCCACUGAGGGCAAAAUGGUUUCUGACAUAGCUAACGCUUGGAAAGGACUGGAAUUUGCUGAGAAAGGUUUCGAAGAAUGGUUACUUUCAGAACUGCAAAGACUUGAACGUCUUGAUCAUUUGGCUCAGAAGUUUAGGCACCGCUGUCAAAUUCAUGAAGAAUGGGCUGAGGGCAAAGAAGAAAUGCUUCAAAGCCAGGAUUAUUUGCGAUGUGGGCUUAAUCAAUUGAAAGCUAUGAAGAAGAAACAUGAGGCUUUUGAGAGUGAUUUAGCAGCUCACCAAGACAGAGUUGAACAAAUUGCAGCAAUAGCACAGGAGCUUAAUCUUUUAGAAUACCAUGAUGUUCUCACAGUCAAUACAAGAUGCCAGAAAAUCUGUGACCAGUGGGAUAAAUUAGGAACUUUAACUGCCCAGAGACGUCAAGGUCUUGAUGAAGCAGAAAAAAUAUUAGAAAAAAUAGAUACUCUUCAUCUUGACUUUGCAAAACGGGCAGCUCCUUUCAACAACUGGUUAGAUGGUGCAAAAGAAGAUUUAUUAGAUAUAUUUAUUGUUCACACUGUAGAAGAAAUUCAGCAACUUUUAGAAGCCCAUGAAACAUUUAAGCAGACCCUGCCAGAGGCAGAUAAGGAAUUUAAUGCUAUUAUGGCCUUAGCCUCAGAAGUCCAGAGGCUUGCUAAUCAAGUUGGGUUACAACUGACCGAGAACCCCUACACUACUGUCGAUCCUCAGGACAUAGCCAACAAGUGGGCUGAUGUGAAACAACUAGUGCCAAAACGAGAUGGAACAUUGCAGAAUGAGAUGAUGAAGCAACAGAACAACAUGAGGCUGAGGAAACAGUUCGCAGCUAAGGCUAAUGUGGUUGGUCCAUGGAUAGAAAACCAACUGGACGCUGUGGCCUCCAUGGGAAUUCAAACCAAGAGCUCGCUUGAAGAACAGCUUAAGAAGCUUAGGCAGUAUGAACAGGCUACAACUCAGUAUAGGCCUAACAUUGAUGAGCUGGAAAGAUAUAAUCAGGAAAUUCAGGAGGCUAUGAUCUUUGAAAACCACUACACACAAUACACUAUGGAGACAUUGCGAGUUGGAUGGGAACAACUUCUGACAGCAAUUGCUAGGAAUAUCAAUGAAGUGGAGAACCAGAUCUUAACUAGGGAUUCUAAGGGUAUCAGUGAAGACCAAAUGAAUGAGUUCCGUGUUUCUUUCAACCAUUUCGAUAGGAACAGAACACGUCGUCUCGAACCUAAGGAAUUUAAGGCCUGCCUUGUCAGCUUAGGAUAUAAUAUUCGUGAAGACAGACAGGGAGAUGCUGAUUUCCAACGUAUCAUGUCCAUUGUGGACCCCAAUAACUCGGGUUAUGUGACCUUUGAAGCCUUCCUUGACUUCAUGACUCGUGAGACAGCUGACACUGAUACAGCUGAGCAAGUCAUGCAAUCCUUCAAAAUUCUGGCCGGAGACAAGCCAUUCAUCACAGCACAGAUUCUUCGACAAGAAUUGCCUCCCGAUCAGGCAGAAUACUGUAUUCAGAGAAUGGCGCCAUAUUCAGGACGCGAUGCUGUCCCUGGUGCUCUAGACUACAUGUCAUUCUCUACUGCUCUGUAUGGUGAAAGUGACCUUUGAACUCCUUAUCAACCACCUUGUGUGACUGGUCUUGCAGCAUAGAAGUCAAGAGUGAUAGAUGUAUGAGUUAACUUUCCAUGUUGACUAUUUUAUGCAUUGUAUGAUACAUUGAUGAACUAGGAUUGAAUUGAUUUUCUUUUUUUCAUUUUUAGAUACUUAAAUAUGUUAUUUCUUAUGCAAAAGACAGUGAAACCUUUUAUACAAAUGUAUAUAAAUUAGAUUCAAUUUCAAGUUGAACAUGUAUGUACUUUGCUAAGUUGAUAGUUUUAACCCGUUUUUUACAUAACACAAUCCUACGCAUGUUCGAAGGCAGGCGGGGUUAGAAUGUGAUUCUAUGCUGCAGUGUCCAAUAAAAAAGAAAAAGUAAAUCACACCAGGCUGUAUCUUGUACAGUCCUGCCAUUUAUAAAGGUCUUCCCGAAAGUUUACCUCUAUCAAAAUUGGAGAUUGAAGAACAUUACCAUUCAUUUGUAUAAUCGGGUCUGACAGGGCUGUAGGUGGUAGCGUUGACUUGUAUGCUCAUUUAUUUUACUUGUGGAACAGAACAUAUUGCCAAUUAUUUAAAAGAGGUUAAGGAAUUUUUUUUUAUUUCUUUUAAGUCUUGAAACAUAUUCCUAAUUAUAUUAAGGAAAAGGUGAUAAAUAUUUACAUACAUCUAUAAAAGGAUGAAUAUUACGGGAAGGGGGAUGUUAGAAACACUUAGAAAAGAGAAAACUGAAAGCACUGCCAGGGUGAAUGAGAGAAAGCCCAUGUAUGUAGAUAUAUGUAAAUAGAAGGCUUGGACUGCGUAGCAAUGUUAACAUGUGCCCUCUAGUGGCAGGAUUCUGUUAGGGAUGUUUAUAUUGUCCCAGCUGUAUUUAAUUCAGAUUCUUAUUUUAAUAUAUGAUCAAUGUUUGUGUAGUCCACAGAACAAAUUGCAGUCUUACUGCUCUCUCUUAAUUAUACUCGUAUUUUUUCAGUGGCUUCAGUACAUUUGCAUAUCAUUUAAAAAAUUAUAAUAUCAGUUUUGUAACAUUAAUCGAUAAAAAAUGGAAUGUAUUUAUGUUUAUCACAUUGAAUUUUUAAAAAGUUUUGUUUAACAUCAAUUUUUUUUUAAUCUGAACCUCAUAAGAGUAUCUUUGGACGUGUAAACUGUGCUUAUAUAAGCCUAGAUCUGCUUGUCUGACUGCUAGAAUCAGUUUGCUUGUCAGUAAUUUACUGUUUACUGAUCAUUAAACUUCUACCCACAA